UAUUUAUUUAAUAAUAAUAAUAUUAGUUUCGUUUGACCCAGACCCUACAUCUGAAAAUCAGUUGUACAACUAUCAAAACUAAUUAUUUUCUUAAUAUGAAAGUGAAAAUCUAUCAUUAAUAUUCUUUUUAGAACAUGGUGACUUCUAUCAAUAUGGGAAAGAGAUCAAGAGACAGUGGUAGAAAGUACCCAAGUGGGAGCAAGAAGAGUGCUUUAAACAAGUAUUUUAGCAGACCUGUUUCUACUGUUGAGCCAGAAGAGCUCAUUGAAGAUGCAGAUAUGGUUGAAAAUUCUCCAGUAAAACAUAUGACACAGACAGAGAACAACAGCAGUGACGAAGAAUUUGAAGAGCCAAAUCAGUCUGAAGAAGACACUCAAGACAAUCAAGGUGAAGAAAAGACUACAAAUAGGGUUGUAACUGAUGCUGAAGAUACUGACGGUCAAGAAUGCUUUUCUGAUAAUAAAGAUGCGAGUGGUUUAGAUCCAGAGCAGAAAGGCAACUUCAACUCUGCUGACCAAAUAGAAAUAUCUGAUGAUCCUGCAACUUGGCCAGAAUACAUUACCCGGCAUAUCAGAGAGUAUUUAGUAAAACAAGGGACACCUAAAAUUAUUGUAGAAGAUUUCCCUAAAAAUAAGACUGGGAAACAUUUUUCAAAGUUUCACUGCAAAAGGAAACUUUCAAAUGGUGAAAUUGUAUCUCGUCCGUGGGUGAUAGACUCAGUGUCAGCCAACAAGAUCUUUUGUUAUUACUGUAAGAUUUUUUGCUCUAAUGUGGCAAGUGCAUUGGCAUCUAAUGGCUUUAAUGACUGGUCUAAUAUUCAUACAAGACUGGCCGAGCACGAAAACUCAAAAGGACAUUUACAAGCUAUGCUUAGUUGCUGCGACCUUCAGCAAAGGUUAUCUGUUGAAAAAAACAUUGACUCAAUACAACAAAAACUUAUUGACCAAGAAGCAAAAUGCUGGCAUCAAGUUUUUGAGAGACUAGUCGCUGUAAUUCAGUUGCUAGCAGAACGAAACUUAUCAUUUCGUGGGUUUGACAAACGGCUGGGAACAUCACACAAGGGAAAUUUUCUUGGAGUUAUUGAAUUACUGGGAAAGUUUGACCCAGUGAUGCAGGAACAUUUACGAAGACUCCAGAAGUCAGAAAUACAGGACCAUUAUUUAGGAAAAAACAUUCAAAAUGAACUUAUUAGUAUUGUAGGGGAUUCCAUAAACAUGAAAUAAUAGCUCGAAUUAAGGCUGUUAAGUAUUUUGCUAUUAUACUGGACUGCACUUCUGACAUUAGUCAUCGAGAACAAAUGUCACUGACAAUUUGGUAUGUGGCUGAUGGUGUAUCACCAAUUAUUCUGGCAGGAAUAUAUGAACAUUUCAUUAAGUUCGUAGUAGUAGAAAGCAGCACAGGUGACUAUUUGUACAAUAUCCUUUUAAGGGAACUCAAAGACCUGGGAUUGGACAUUGCAAAUAUCCGUGGGCAGGGCUAUGACAACGGUGCAAAUAUGAAGGGAAACAUAUCAGGUGUACAUGCAUUAUUUCUGAAAACAAACCCAAGAGCUUUUUUUAUACCAUGUGCAUAUCACAACUAUAAUCUCAUUUUGGGAGACAUGGUCAAAACAUGUCCAGAUGUGAUGAGUUUCUUUGGAGCCUUGCAGCAUAUUUACAACCUUUUUUCUGCAUCUACUAAAAGAUGGACUAUUUUUAGAAAACAUGUUACAGGCCUUUCUGUAAAGCCUCUUUGACAAAACACAAUGGGAAUGUAGAAUGCAAAGCAUCAAAGCUCUGUGGUACCAAACAGGGAAGUUUUAUGAUGCACUCGUAGAGGUAGCAGAAACAAUUGAUGAUGCUCAAGCAAAAAGUGAUGCUGAAUUGCUAGCUACUUAAAUGAAGGAUUAUAAGUUUUUGGUUUUGCUAGUUUUCUGGCAUGAUUUACUUUUUCAAGUAAAUUUUGUGAGCAAGGAAUUACAGAGUGAUACAAUGGAUAUUUCUGCAGGAAUUUCUUCAUUCGAAAAGCUUUGUAACUGGUUAAAAAUAUACAGACAGAAGGGUUUUCAAGAAGUGUUAAUUGGUGCCAAUGAACUUGCCAAAGAUCUAGAUGUGACUCCAGUUUUCCAGACUAAAUGCUUGUGCAAACAAAAAAAACAAUUUGAGUACGAGUUUGCAGACGAGCCUUUUCCUGAUCCAAAAGAAGCUUACAGAAUGCAGAGCUUCAAUCAAGUAUUAGACAAAGCUUUAUAGUCACUUGAACCAAGGUUUGAACAGUUGCAAAAGCAUGUGAGUUUAUUUGGAUUUUUAUGCGAAUUCAAAAAUCUUCCCAAGGACACCAUACGAAAAUCUGCUGCAGAUCUGGAACUCGCACUGACAGAUGUGAAACUAGUGGAGGAAAACGAACAAGUUUCAACUGUAAAAUCAGUUGACAUAAAAGGCUACAUGCUUUGCAAAAAACUGGAAGCAUUACAGCCAAUUCUUCCGUCUGAUUAUGGAAACCCCCUAAAAACGCUUCAAUUUCUUGCAUCUAAUAACCAAUCAACAGCAUUCCCAAAUUUAUUUAUAGCAAUUCGAAUAUUACUGACUAUUCCAGUAACUGUAGCCUCAGGAGAGAGGAGCUUUUCGAAGCGAAAUCUAAUUAAAACAUAUCUGCGAUCAACAAUGCAGGAAGACCGAUUAAACAGUUUGGCAAUCAUGUCAAUUGAAUGCGAAGUAAUGAAGAGCUUAGAGUUAGGCAAUAUACUGAAAGAUUUUGAUGAACAAAAAGGAAGGAAGAUAAAGUUUUAAAAACAUAUGAGUGAGGUGUGCAAUAAAGUCCCGCUUUGUUGCCUAGGCUAAGGGAAUAAUGAUUCCAACAUUCAAAAUGGAGUCUGACAGGUUCCAUUUUACAUUUCAUUUCACCUCAGAGCUGUUUUCCCACCAAAACCUAAAAGAGUGUGCACACUAAAAAGCUUUGCACCCUGUACUCUAGGCAGUGCACAUGGUCCUACCACUCUGCACUCCUUCCCAAUCUGAUGUGCAUGCAUCCAAGCUGUGCACUCAGCCCCACUUUUCAGUGCACACACACCAUAUUUUGCACCCUACUCACUAAUCCUGUUUUCCCGCCUUUAAAUGUUUGGUUCUGAGGGGAACUCAGGUUCGUCUAUCUGUCUGUAGUCUGGUUAGGUUUGUGUCUUCAUUUGUCUUCCCUGUGACAUUCCAUCCUAUGCCUGUGGAUGUUUGGUUAGGGUUUUGAGGCCUAGCUCGUGGUGCUGUGGCAGCUCUGUGCGUGGGAACGCCCCACACAGAGGAUUACUGGCAGGUGCCUAUUGGACUGGAACUCUAUUGCUCAUCUACUAAACCCUGCCUACCGGACGGGUCUGUGAAGCUGAAGGGCUGACGGGAGCUUCAUCCGGAGGAGCCAACCCACGGCAGAGACAAAGAUCCAGGAAGUGUAUCUGUUCCGCAGGACAGACCAGCGCUUCGAGGGAUCUCCCUGCUUAUCCUCUCCUAAGGCUUUCAAUUAGCCAAGGGAUUGUAGGUCGCAGGCAUCAAUCACCAGAUCAUCGCUUCAAGGGAUCUCCCCUGCUGAUCCUCUCCUAAGACUUUCAAUUAGCCAAGGGAUUGUAGGUCGCAAGCAUCCAUCGCCGUCUCCUAUUCUGUAAGAGCUGAGGUGAAGAGCACUGCGAGAUUCCGUCUGAAGCCGGGGACGGCAGAAAGGAACUGAAGGGAAGGGGGCCGUGCAUGCACAAUGGCACCUGAGGGGACCACGCAUACCGCAUGCUACACAUGCACAGCCCCAAUACACUGCUAGCAGAAAUCCAUCAAGAGGUGCUGGGACACUCCAGCACCCACUGUGGAGUACCCCAUGGAUGCCUCUCGAAGAAGAACAACAGAGAAAUGUGAGCAAAGGAACAGAAAGGCAAGGAGAGAGCAGAAAAAGCACUAGGAGCAUGACCCCAAGAAAAAGCCGAGAGAGAGAGUUUUUGAGGCAGAGUGCUGAUUGAAAAGAGGCUUCAAACUGUAAGAAAACAGAUCCUGGAUACAGGACUCUGUCCAUUCUUCUUGUAAAUAAACAGAAUUGCAUCAUUAAAAAAAACCCAACUCCAUCACCACAUGCUCCUCCUAAUAGAAGCAGACCAAUAGAUACUGAAUUUUGGCUAAUCACUCAGGUCAAAAAGGGGUAACAGCUGAUUAUAACACAAACUUACCUACCUCGUAGCACUGAUUUCUCAUUCUAAAGCAAAAAAGCCUGUGAAGCUCCAAAUACUACUUAACACUUAGACCAAGGGACAAUGGUGUGUCUUUAUGAUGGGUCCCAAAUAUACUACAAAUGCAGAAUCACUGUUAAAUAAUAAUAUAUUUUAAAAUCAUUAAGCAUAUCUGUCUGGGAGGGUUUAGGUGCCAGUUAUUAGAAAUCCCACUAUAUAGGAACUAACAAAAGGAAGUUUUUAUUCGUGUUAUUAGUGUCUGGUAUUA